CCAAGAGAGGGAGCUUGUCAUCGUCACAAUUGACGGUGGUAACCGGUAAACAUAGGCCUAAAUAGAAAGGUUGAACCUGCUGAUUGAUUCUGAUAACUUAGAUUGUACAAUUUAUUUAAAAAAAUAAAUAAAAAUGCUAGCUGAAUAACUGGUAUGACAUGCCGUUAGUACUAGGUGUGGGUAUUGGAGUGUUUAUUCUUGGUUUUGUAUGGGCGUUGGCUAUUCUUUCAUGCAUCUUAUUGGCAAGAACAUCUUUACAAAAUGCUGCAGUUGGAGUAUUCUUCAUUGCUGCAAUUCUAACAGUUACUCUGAUAGUGUGGCCAAAACUACCAGCUGUACCAGAACCAGAAGAGAUCAAGAUAACUGACCAGAAUUUCUGGGGACGAUUAGUUUUGCAGUGCACCAUGGGAAUUUUUACUUUAGCAAGUUUUGGCAUUAUGUUCUCAUUACAUUGGACAGAACCUAUUCUGGCUAAGCCGCUCAAAUCAAGACGAUUUUAAACAUAUUAUUUAAAAGCCAUCUCAAGUAUGGACGAAUUUCAGCUAAUAUGUUUGUGAUGUUUUAGAGGCAUUUUCUACAACGGAGAGGGGGAGAUAAGUGUGUGUAUGUGUGUGUGUGAAAGAGAGAGGUAAGAGUAUUAUUUAUUCGACGACAAGAUUCAUCACCAUUAUUGUUAUUAACAAUAACGGUUAUCACUUAUUCAUCCAGUAAUACACAAUGAACUACAGACCAAUCAAAACAGGGCUAGGAAUAUACGUGCAAAUGCAUGUGGUGGGGGGGGGGUAUGCUUUUACACUGUCGUUUUGUGGGACCUUAACAACCGUAUCCAAGGGGCGGGCCUACGGAACGUCCAUUCUAAUUUCAUCUCACCAUCUAUAUUUUGACGUUAAUAAAUGUACACGUUGUACAAAUCCUUAGUGAAA